CGGGGGGGAGGUCGUGUGCUGUGUAGGAGUGACACGCGCAGGAAAUGUGAUAGGGGGUUGGAUUUAGUGUGCUUCCCCUCCCCCGCGUUCCCCAGUGCUGCCCAGAUCGAGGACUGCCAUGGGCCCCCUCUCUCCCUCUCAACCUGCACAGACUCUCACUCACCUGCUGCUCGUCACUGUCAUAGCAGGAGGACUGCUCUCUCUCAGUCUGGUCUGUGAUGGAGCCACAGUGCCAGGUCUUGUUACUCCUGUUCCCGCAACUCCUGACCCCCUGACUGCUGGCCCCCUGACAGAUGGGCCCCUGACAGAUGGGCCCCAGAUGCCUCUGUCCACCCCAGAGGCAAAUAUCACCGACACAACCUCAGCAGCCACUGGGGAGGAGGAGAAGGCGGCUCCGAUGGUAGAACAGCACCCUCCAAAGGAGAAGGCAGUGGAAGGGGAAGACGUGAAGUUCUCCUGCCUGCUGAAGGAGGCUGAUCCAGAGGGGGUGGUGGUACACUGGAUCCACCAGGGGCCUGAAAGUGAGCACACCGUGCUGGAGGGGAACCAGACAUCCGAGGAAAGGUUUGCUGACCGUGCCUUCCUUAGUGGGGACGUGGGACAUGGAGACUUCUCCAUGACGCUUCUCAACGUCUCUAUUCAGGACCGCGGGGUCUACAUGUGCAUCCUCACCAUCUCUGAUGGCUCUGCCCUGCAGGGUUCUGGCACCAAGCUCAGCAUUCGUGAGGACCUGGGUCUGCUGGGGUUGGAGGAGUCUGUGGGCACUAUAAUAGGCGUGACUGUGGCAGCAGUGGGUGUGGCCAUUGGGCUUAUCGCCCUCAUUCUGACACAGUUUCGAGACAAGCUAACCUGUCUGAAGAAGUGAUGGGAGUGAGGUCCUGAUCAGGUUGGAGAACACACCUGCAUGAUGGACCUCAGCUGACCAGUGACUCACCCUGUUUAACUGGUGGGGCUCUGUAGUGGACUGUUGUCUGAAACUCACACUGUACGCAUAGUCAUGGUGCAAAGUGGAGUGGGUUGCAUUACCACCUCUUCCACUGCAUGGUAAAACAAAAGUAACUGAAGAUUGCUAUUAACAUAAAAAUGAUUGAUUUAUGGACUGAUAUGAUUAUUGUUGUCCUCUGGCUGUUUCCGGGUCCCAGUUGUGGAGCCCCGCUGAUCAGGGGAUUCCUUCCUCAAUUUGAUUAUGACUGCCCACAAUGUUAUUUGCAUCCCUCUGAGGGACCAACUCCACACCUUGUUUUCUCGUUUCACCCAUGAACCUCCCUCCCCACCCCACCCCGUGUCCCCAAGCACAGAGUAAGAAGCAUAAAGUCUACGCAAGAGGAUCACUGGCAGAGAACCUUUGUGAUCGACAGUGCUGUGAAUAUAACCUGCAUGUAGAAUUUUACCGCUGUUGUGAAUACUUGUUUUUAAUUCUAUGAAUGGCUCAAUGUGUUCAACUCUGAUUGGCCCAGAUGCUGAGUGAUCUGCCUCCGGAAUUUAGAUUUAGAAUGCAGUAAGUGGUAACUGAAUAAAUAAUUAGACCCAAGUUAAUCUGUGUAAUACUGGUUUUCAUGCCCACUGGGUUGUACAGGACAUCCGGUGGCCAGGACAGGGUGACAGUAUGAAGGGGUUCAACUGUUUCUAAACAAAAAUAAAACUCUGAAAUAACA